AUGGGCUACACACACUACUACAAAGUCGAAGACUGGUCUUCUCCUGAGUGGCAGGCUGCUUGGCCGCAACUCAUCCAAGACACUUCCACCAUCAUCGAUGCCGUGCCAGACAUCCCCCUCUCCGGUCCUUGUAGCGUGACAUUUGAGGAAGGAAGGGAUAUACCCAACCCGCCUAUCGCGAACAUCGGUGAUGGGAUCUGUAUCAACGGUGUCGAGGAAGACUCAAACGAAGAUUUUAUCCUGAAAGAGAGCGAACCACGUGGUUUCUGCAAGACCGGCAGGCGUGCAUAUGAUAUGGUGGUUACUUGUGUAUUGCUUAGGGCGUACCGGCUAGCACCGAAUACGUUUCAAUUGAGUUCCGAUGGGUACUGGGAUUGGGAGGAGGAAUGGGUUCCGGCACGGUCACUAUAUCACGAUCUAUGGCCAAAUGAUCCUGAUGACAAGCCCCCUGAAAUUGACGAAGGGGGGGAUGAGAACGAAUAA